GGGGCGGCGCGGACACGGAGGUGGCGCCGGGUCCCGGUCCCGGUUCCGGCCCGGGGGGCCCCGAGCCGCGCUCCCCGCCCGCCCCCGACUACGAGGCGCUGCCCCAGGGCGCCGCCGUGUCCACGCACAUGCUGGCGGGCGCCGUGGCGGGCGUCAUGGAGCACUGCGUGAUGUACCCCAUCGACUGCGUCAAGACGCGGAUGCAGAGCCUGCAGCCGGAGCCCGCCGCUCGCUACCGGAACGUGCUGGAGGCCCUGUGGCGCAUCGCCCGCACCGAAGGCGUCUGGCGGCCCAUGCGGGGCCUGAACAUCACCGCCACCGGCGCCGGCCCGGCGCACGCCCUCUACUUCGCCUGCUACGAAAAGUUAAAAAAGACGCUGAGCGACGUUAUCCACGCGGGGGGCAAUAGCCAUGUGGCCAACGGUGCAGCCGGGUGUGUAGCAACGUUGCUCCACGAUGCAGCCAUGAACCCUGCUGAAGUGGUCAAGCAGAGGAUGCAGAUGUACAACUCGCCUUACCAGCGUGUCAUGGACUGUGUACGGGCUGUGUGGCGCAACGAAGGGGCCGGAGCUUUCUACCGCAGCUACACCACCCAGCUCACCAUGAACAUCCCCUUCCAAGCCAUUCACUUCAUGACUUACGAGUUCUUGCAAGAGCAGCUCAACCCCCACAGACAGUACAACCCAGGCUCCCACGUGGUCUCCGGAGCCUGUGCGGGGGCUGUCGCUGCUGCUGCCACUACGCCUUUGGACGUUUGCAAAACGCUGCUCAACACCCAGGAGUCCCUGGCCUUGAGCUCCAACAUCAGCGGACACAUCACAGGCAUGGCUAAUGCCUUCAGGACGGUGUACCAGGUGGGCGGUGUGACCGCCUACUUCAGAGGGGUCCAGGCCAGAGUCAUUUUUCAGAUGCCCUCGACAGCGAUUGCCUGGUCCGUGUACGAGUUCUUCAAAUACAUCCUUACCAAGCGCCAGGAGGAGCGAUGGGCUGGGAAGUGAGCCAGAGCCAAACGCAGUUCCAGACCUGCCUCACAUCCCCUCCUGGUUUGUCUCCUGACCCCUCUCCCUUUGGUUUGGUUUCUGUUGAAGAGAGGGGGCAGCGAAGCCCUUUGGGGUUUAGCGAUGCCGUUUUUUGCCUGCAGCUGUUGCAGCUCUGCUCAGGCUGCWCAGCUUGCUCUCUCCCAGGCUCCUCUGAGAUGUCCUGCUGGGAGCUGCAGCCCAGGUCACAUCCCCUGGCACUUUGGUGGAGCUGUGCUCCUGUCCUUCCCUUAACCACAUCUCACACAAAGCUCACCCCUCCUCAGAGGGGAAGGUGAAUGUCCUGUCCUGCCCCUGGCAGGGCCAAGCUGAGCUCGCAGUUGCCAAGGAGGGGGUGACGGCGGGAUGCUGGGGGCUUUGCCUGGCUUUUGGCUGAAGCAAAGUGUAAGCCUUGGCCGUUGUCUUGUAGCACGCACACGUGAUGCUGACUGCCUCAGUUGUGGUGGUGGUGGUGGUGGUGGUGGGCAAGGGGAGGAUGGCACUUGAGGAGGGAGCCUGUAGGUUUGUUCUUGUUCCUGCUCUUGACACCUCCAAUAAAAACAGUUCUGCUCUAUCCUCAUGUCCCAUUCUUACUCCAGCAUGGCCCAGCUCCCAGCGCUGUGCCCUUCUGACUGUGCCUGGUGCUGAGCUCUUUUGACAGAUGCCAGAGCAGGGAGAGAAGAGCAGUCUGGGGGUGCUGGUGGGAGAAGGGCCUGUCUGACCCAGUCACCCUGACAGUAUGCUGGGAUGAGGGUGUUCCCCAUCGCCUUUGGCUCAUGCUCCAUCACCUGCUGCUGGUGUGGGKUGUGACCCCAMAGGAGAAGCUGAGAUUUAUGAUCCUUGGCCAAGUAGUCCCACACCCUCAGUCUGACCGGGCAUCCUCAGGAUACUUGCAAACUGCUCUGAAUGGAGGUGUUGGCUGGAGGGGUUGUCUGUCAGGAACAGCACAGGAAUUUGGUGCUCAGUGAGGCUGGAAGGCUUUGUGCCCCUCAUAUAGGAGAUCUUGGGCGCAGCGGAGCUUUUGCCCCAUAAUUUUGUUAGACUAGUUUGAUGCUUGAUGAGCAUCUUAAAAUUGCAAAAAGUGCUAAUAUCUCUUCCAAUCUAAUGGUAAUUAGAAUAAGUUGGUUUUUUAA